CUCCAGGAAAUAUUUGCUCGAGAUGACGUCCGUCGCGAUCCUCGGAGGACUACUGCUGGUGGCCGUCGGCUGCUUCGCCGCCUGCCCCGACCCCCCGGCCUUCUCCGGCCUCGACAUAUCCAAGGUCGCCGGCAAAUGGUACGGCUACAAGCUGCCCGCCGAGUUCCAGAACGUCUACAAGUGCGGCGACAUGGAUCUGAAACCCAAGGACGAUGAGAUCGUCGACUGGACCAUCAAGGAGUACGACGUUGCGAACUACAAAUGGAACAAUCUCAGAGGCUCCAUGCAUAAGAUUGGUGACGGAAAAUACGAAGGUUUUCGCGUCGGAAUCACCGGAAACGUGAAGUGGAGCAUCUUGGGAACCGACUACAAUAACUGGCUGGUCUACUGGCAGUGCCACGAGACCAACGAGAAACAAUGGGCUUUCCUGAUGUCUCGCACCAAGUCGCUGAGCCCGGACGCCGUGCAGGCCGCCGACAAGGCGCUGCCCCCCGGCUCCUACGUCAUCACCGAGCAGUCGGACUGCCCCGGGUACACGCUGGCCAACACCUUCCUCAACUGAGGCGCGAGGACGUGCCAGCCUCCCACCGGCCUGCGUGCGCCCCGGACCCCUCGCGGAUGAAGAGCGUCUCUACUCCAGCCAUGCACCUCUGUGAGCACAUUGUCGGAGAUAAUAAAAACUCAUUAUUAUUUUAUUUUACCUUA